GGGGAUGGGACAGACGGGUAGAGGGGAGGGCGGUGGGUCCGGGGUCAUGCGGGGCCCCGGGGGUGUCUCGGGGCGGGUGGGCGCCUGGAGGUGCGGUGUGAGCAGCGGGUGGAGCACGACCACGCUGCGCGGGCGCGGAACGGUGCCCAGCCCCGGGGCGUCGGGCCGGGCCGCGCGGGCACAGAGUAGCGCUGUCCGUGGAAACGGGAUGCCCGUGGCGCGGUGUCCGGGUGGAGCGCAGCCCGGGGUACCGUGCGGGGCCGUGUCGUGUCGCCCGGCGGCGCGCCGUGUUCCGGCGCAUGCGCGGCGGGGGGGUGGGGGGGGCGGGAAGCGGGCGGUGCCGCCCGCUCAGCUCCCCUCAGCGUCGCGGGGCCGCCGCGCUGCUCCUGCCCGCGCAAAGCAGGUGACGCAGGAGUGGGGACAGCCCAGCCGCCACCAUGGUUGCCCUCUCGCUGAAGAUCAGCAUCGGCAACGUGGUGAAGACGAUGCAGUUUGAGCCCUCCACCAUGGUGUACGAUGCCUGCCGCAUGAUCCGUGAGCGGGUGCCCGAGGCACAGAUAGGACAAUCCAAUGACUUUGGGCUCUUCCUCUCGGAUGAAGACCCAAAGAAAGGGAUCUGGCUGGAGGCUGGGAAGGCUCUGGACUACUACAUGCUUCGCAAUGGGGAUACCAUGGAGUACAAGAAGAAGCAGCGGCCCCUGAAGAUCCGCAUGCUGGAUGGGACAGUGAAAACGGUGAUGGUGGAUGACUCCAAAACUGUCACAGACAUGCUCAUGACAAUAUGUGCCCGGAUUGGCAUCACCAACUAUGAUGAGUACUCACUUGUACGGGAGAUCAUGGAAGAGAAGAAGGAGGAGGUUACUGGCACCCUCAAGAAGGACAAGACCUUGCUGCGAGAUGAGAAGAAGAUGGAAAAGCUCAAGCAGAAGUUGCACACAGAUGAUGAGUUGAACUGGCUGGAUCACGGCCGGACCCUGCGUGAACAAGGCAUCGAUGACAAUGAAACACUGCUGCUGCGGCGCAAAUUCUUCUACUCUGAUCAGAACGUGGACUCCAGAGAUCCUGUGCAGCUCAACCUGCUCUACGUGCAGGCUCGUGACGACAUUCUGAACGGUUCCCACCCUGUCUCCUUUGACAAAGCCUGUGAGUUUGCUGGCCACCAGUGCCAGAUCCAGUUUGGGCCAUACAACGAGCAGAAGCACAAGCCAGGCUUUCUGGAGCUCAAGGAUUUCCUGCCCAAGGAGUACAUCAAGCAGAAAGGAGAACGCAAGAUCUUCUUGGCCCACAAGAACUGUGGGAACAUGAGUGAGAUCGAAGCCAAAGUUCGCUAUGUGAAACUUGCCCGUUCCCUCAAGACCUACGGGGUCUCCUUCUUCUUGGUCAAGGAGAAGAUGAAGGGGAAGAACAAGCUGGUGCCACGGCUGCUGGGGAUCACCAAGGAGUGUGUGAUGCGUGUGGAUGAGAAGACCAAGGAAGUGAUUCAGGAAUGGAGCCUGACCAACAUCAAGCGUUGGGCAGCCUCUCCCAAGAGCUUCACCCUGGAUUUUGGAGAUUACCAGGAUGGUUACUACUCAGUGCAGACGACAGAAGGGGAACAGAUCGCCCAGCUGAUUGCUGGCUACAUUGAUAUCAUCCUCAAAAAGAAAAAGAGCAAAGAUCACUUUGGACUGGAGGGUGAUGAGGAGUCCACCAUGCUGGAAGACUCUGUGUCUCCAAAGAAGUCGACAGUUGUGCAGCAGCAGUUUAACCGUGUAGGCAAGGCAGAGCUGGGCUCAGUGGCCCUGCCAGCCAUCAUGAGGACUGGGGCUGGGGGACCAGAAAACUUCCAGGUGGGCACGAUGCCACAGCCUCAGCUUCAAAUCACCAGUGGCCAGAUGCACCGAGGGCACAUGCCUCCCCUGACCUCAGCCCAGCAAGCCCUGACCGGCACUAUCAACUCCAGCAUGCAGGCUGUGCAUGCAGCCCAGGCCACGCUGGACGACUUUGAGACCUUGCCACCUCUUGGGCAGGAUGCUGCAUCAAAAGCUUGGCGCAAAAACAAGAUGGAUGAGUCAAAGCAUGAGAUCCACUCCCAAGUGGAUGCCAUAACUGCUGGCACGGCCUCAGUCGUCAACCUCACUGCAGGGGAUCCAGCAGACACGGACUACACCGCUGUGGGCUGCGCUGUCACCACCAUCUCUUCCAACCUGACGGAGAUGUCUAAGGGUGUGAAGCUGCUGGCUGCGCUGAUGGAGGACGAGGGAGGGAAUGGGCGGCAGCUUCUGCAGGCAGCCAAGAAUCUGGCGAGCGCCGUCUCAGACCUGCUGAAAACAGCACAGCCUGCCAGUGCUGAGCCUCGCCAGAAUCUCCUGCAGGCUGCUGGCCUGGUGGGGCAAACCAGCGGGGAGCUGCUGCAGCAGAUAGGGGAGAGUGACACUGACCCCCGGUUCCAGGACAUGCUUAUGCAGCUGGCGAAGGCGGUGGCCAACGCUGCCGCUGCGCUGGUGCUCAAAGCCAAGAACGUGGCUCAGAAAACAGAGGACACCGCGCUGCAGACACAGGUGAUCGCAGCAGCCACCCAGUGCGCCCUCUCCACCUCCCAGCUGGUGGCCUGCACCAAGGUUGUGGCUCCUACAAUCAGCUCCCCAGUUUGCCAGGAGCAGCUGAUCGAGGCUGGCAAGUUGGUGGCCAAAUCGGCUGAGGGCUGUGUGGAGGCCUCUAAGGCAGCCACCAGCGAUGACCAGCUCCUGAAGCAGGUGGGGGUGGCAGCCACGGCUGUCACCCAGGCCCUGAACGACCUUCUGCAGCACAUCAAGCAGCAUGCCUUGGGUGGGCAGCCCAUUGGGCGCUACGACCAGGCCACUGACACCAUCCUCAAUGUCACUGAGAAUAUCUUCAGCUCCAUGGGCGAUGCAGGGGAAAUGGUGCGUCAGGCUCGUAUUCUGGCCCAGGCCACCUCUGACCUUGUCAAUGCUAUCAAAGCUGAUGCUGAGGGAGAGACAGACCUGGAGAAUUCACGCAAGCUUCUGAGUGCAGCCAAGAUCCUGGCUGAUGCCACUGCCAAGAUGGUGGAGGCUGCAAAGGGAGCUGCAGCCCACCCGGACAGCGAGGAGCAGCAGCAGCGGCUGCGUGAGGCAGCAGAAGGGCUCCGCAUGGCAACCAAUGCUGCAGCCCAGAACGCCAUCAAGAAGAAGCUUGUGCACAAGCUGGAGCACACAGCCAAGCAGGCCGCUGCCUCGGCCACGCAGACCAUCGCCGCCGCGCAGCACGCCUCCUCCUCCAACAAGAACCCCGCUGCUCAGCAGCAGCUGGUGCAGAGCUGCAAGGUGGUGGCAGAGCAGAUUCCAAUGCUGGUGCAGGGUGUGCGAGGAAGCCAGUCCCAGCCGGACAGCCCCAGCGCCCAGCUGGCUCUCAUUGCUGCCAGCCAGAACUUCCUGCAGCCUGGUGGGAAGAUGGUAGCUGCAGCCAAGGCCACUGUCCCCACCAUAACGGACCAAGCCUCUGCUAUGCAGCUUAGUCAGUGUGCCAAGAACCUGGCUGCAGCUCUGGCUGAGCUCCGCACAGCAGCUCAGAAGGCUCAGGAGGCAUGUGGACCCCUGGAGAUAGACUCUGCACUGGGUCUGGUGCAGAGCCUGGAAAGGGACUUGCAGGAAGCCAAGGCAGCUGCCCGUGAUGGCAAGCUCAAGCCUCUUCCAGGAGAGACGAUGGAGAAGUGUGCCCAGGACCUGGGGAACAGCACCAAAGCUGUCAGCUCUGCCAUCGCUCACCUACUGGGAGAGGUGGCCCAGGGCAAUGAGAACUAUACAGGAAUUGCUGCCCGGGAAGUGGCCCAGGCCCUGCGCUCACUCAGCCAGGCUGCCCGUGGUGUGGCAGCCAACACCUCCGACCCGCAGGCACAGAGUGCCAUGCUGGAGUGCGCCAGUGAUGUCAUGGACAAAGCCAACAACCUCAUUGAGGAGGCCCGGAAAGCAGUGGCCAAGCCUGGUGACCCAGAGAGCCAGCAGCGCCUGGCCCAGGUGGCCAAGGCAGUGUCACAGGCCCUGAACCGAUGUGUUAACUGCCUGCCAGGGCAGCGGGACGUGGACGCUGCCAUCCGCAUGGUGGGAGAGGCCAGCAAGCGGCUGCUUUCAGAUUCGUUCCCUCCCAGCACCAAGAGCUUCCAGGAGGCACAGAGCCAGCUGAACCAGGCAGCAGCAGGGCUCAAUCAGUCUGCCAAUGAGCUGGUUCAGGCGUCGCGUGGUACCCCUCAAGACCUGGCCAAGUCCUCUGGCAAAUUUGGACAUGACUUCAAUGAAUUCCUCCAGGCAGGAGUGGAGAUGGCCAGCCAGUCCCCGAAUAAGGAGGACCAGGCACAGGUGGUGUCGAACUUGAAGAGCAUUUCCAUGUCCUCCAGCAAGCUGCUGCUGGCUGCAAAGGCUCUCUCUGCUGAUCCUGCUGCCCCCAACCUCAAGAAUCAACUGGCAGCAGCAGCACGGGCUGUGACUGACAGCAUUAAUCAGCUGAUCACCAUGUGCACCCAGCAGGCCCCAGGCCAGAAGGAGUGUGACAAUGCCCUGCGAGAGCUGGAGACGGUGAAGGAAUUGUUGGAGAACCCCACCCAGACUGUCAAUGACAUGUCCUACUUCAACUGCCUUGACAGUGUCAUGGAGAACUCCAAGGUGCUGGGAGAGUCCAUGGCUGGCAUCUCCCAGAAUGCCAAGAACAGCAAACUGCCCGAGUUUGGCGAGUCCAUCAGUGCUGCCUCCAAAGCUCUCUGUGGGCUGACAGAGGCAGCUGCCCAGGCUGCCUACCUUGUGGGCGUCUCAGACCCCAACAGCCAGGCCGGACAGCAGGGCUUGGUGGACCCCACUCAGUUUGCUAGAGCUAACCAAGCCAUCCAGAUGGCCUGCCAGAACCUGGUGGAUCCUGCCUGUACUCAGUCCCAGGUGCUGUCAGCAGCCACCAUCGUAGCAAAACACACCUCAGCCCUGUGCAACACGUGCCGUCUGGCGUCCUCCCGCACUGCCAAUCCUGUGGCCAAGCGCCAGUUCGUCCAGUCGGCCAAGGAGGUGGCCAACAGCACUGCCAACCUGGUGAAGACCAUCAAGGCCCUGGACGGCGAGUUCAACGAAGAGAACCGGGAGCGGUGCCGUGCUGCCACCGCCCCUCUCAUAGAGGCCGUGGAUAACCUGACAGCCUUUGCUUCCAACCCAGAGUUUGCCACCGUUCCUGCUCAGAUCAGCCCAGAGGGGCGCAGAGCCAUGGAGCCCAUUGUCAUUUCAGCCAAGACCAUGCUGGAGAGCUCUGCUGGCCUCAUCCAGACUGCUCGCUCUCUGGCUGUCAACCCCAAGGACCCACCACAGUGGUCAGUGCUUGCUGGCCACUCGCGCACAGUCUCAGACUCCAUCAAGAAGCUGAUCACCAACAUGAGGGACAAAGCUCCAGGACAGCGGGAGUGUGAUGAGGCCAUUGAGGUCCUGAACAGAUGCCUGCGGGAGGUGGACCAGGCAUCCCUCGCUGCCAUCAGCCAGCAGCUGGCCCCCCGACAAGAUAUCUCCCAGGAGGCAUUGCACAAUCAGAUGAUCACAGCUGUCCAGGAGAUCAGCAACCUGAUUGAGCCUGUUGCUGCUGCAGCACGGGCCGAGGCCUCGCAGCUGGGGCACAAGGUGUCCCAGAUGGCUCAGUAUUUCGAGCCACUCAUUAUGGCAGCUGUCGGUGCUGCCUCCAAAACACCCAACCACCAGCAGCAGAUGAACCUCCUGGACCAGACCAAAACACUGGCUGAAUCCGCCUUGCAGAUGCUGUACACAGCCAAGGAGGCUGGUGGGAACCCCAAGCAAGCUGCCCACACUCAGGAGGCUCUGGAAGAGGCUGUGCAAAUGAUGAAGGAAGCGGUGGAGGACCUGACCACCACCCUGAAUGAGGCAGCCAGUGCUGCAGGUGUCGUCGGGGGCAUGGUGGACUCCAUCACCCAAGCCAUCAACCAGCUGGACGAGGGGCCCAUGGGCGAGCCAGAAGGUACCUUUGUGGAUUACCAGACCACGAUGGUGAAGACAGCCAAGGCUAUUGCAGUGACUGUGCAGGAAAUGGUCACCAAAUCCACCACCAACCCAGAUGAGCUGGGCAUACUGGCCAACCAACUCACCCAUGACUAUGGGCAGCUGGCACAAGAGGCCAAACCAGCUGCCCUCACUGCUGAGAAUGAGGAGAUCGGCUCCCACAUCAAGCGUCGGGUGCAGGAGCUGGGUCAUGGCUGUGCUGCCCUGGUCACCAAGGCUGGAGCCCUGCAGUCCAGCCCCAGUGAUGCAUACACCAAGAAGGAGCUGAUAGAGAGUGCACGCAAGGUUUCUGAGAAGGUGUCUCAUGUGCUGGCAGCUCUUCAGGCUGGGAACCGUGGGACACAAGCCUGCAUCACAGCAGCCAGUGCUGUCUCUGGCAUCAUUGCUGACCUUGACACCACCAUCAUGUUUGCUACAGCAGGAACCCUCAACCGAGAGAACUCUGAGACCUUUGCUGACCACAGGGAAGGCAUCUUGAAAACAGCCAAGGCACUGGUGGAGGAUACCAAGGUGUUGGUGCAGAAUGCCACAGCCAGCCAGGAAAAGCUAGCCCAGGCUGCCCAGUCCUCUGUGUGCACUAUCACCCGCCUGGCAGAGGUGGUGAAGCUGGGUGCUGCCAGCCUGGGAUCUGAAGACCCAGAAACCCAGGUGGUCCUGAUCAAUGCUGUGAAGGAUGUGGCCAAGGCACUUGGAGACCUGAUUGGUGCCACCAAAGCAGCUGCUGGCAAAGCUGGAGAUGACCCUGCUGUCUACCAGCUGAAGAACUCAGCCAAGGUGAUGGUGACAAACGUCACUUCCUUGCUGAAGACAGUGAAGGCUGUUGAGGAUGAGGCCACGAAGGGGACACGGGCCCUGGAGGCCACCAUCGAGCACAUUCGCCAGGAGCUGGCGGUCUUCUCCUCCCCAGUGCCUCCUGCCAAGGUCUCCACCCCAGAGGACUUCAUCCGCAUGACGAAAGGCAUCACGAUGGCCACAGCCAAAGCGGUGGCCGCUGGCAACUCGUGCCGGCAGGAGGAUGUCAUCGCCACGGCCAAUCUGAGCCGCCGGGCCAUCGCAGACAUGCUGCGCUCCUGCAAGGAAGCAGCCUACCACCCGGAGGUGAGCGGGGACGUGCGGCAACGGGCGCUGCGCUUUGGCAAGGAGUGUGCUGAUGGCUACCUGGAGCUGCUGGAGCAUGUGCUGGUGCCGAUCCUGCAGAAACCAACCCAUGAGCUGAAGCAGCAGCUGGCAGGCUACUCCAAGCGCGUGGCCAGCUCUGUCACUGAGCUCAUCCAGGCAGCCGAGGCCAUGAAAGGGACGGAGUGGGUUGACCCAGAAGACCCCACUGUCAUCGCUGAGAAUGAGCUGCUGGGGGCAGCAGCUGCCAUUGAGGCUGCAGCCAAGAAGCUGGAGCAGCUGAAACCAAGAGCCAAGCCCAAGCAAGCAGACGAGAGCCUGAACUUUGAGGAGCAGAUCCUGGAAGCUGCCAAAUCCAUUGCUGCAGCCACAAGUGCCCUGGUGAAGGCAGCCUCAGCAGCUCAGCGGGAAUUAGUGGCCCAAGGAAAAGUGGGUGCCAUCCCAGCCAACGCAGUGGAUGAUGGACAGUGGUCCCAGGGUCUCAUUUCAGCUGCACGCAUGGUGGCUGCUGCCACCAACAACCUGUGCGAAGCCGCCAACGCCGCGGUGCAGGGCCAUGCCAGUGAGGAGAAGCUGAUCUCCUCUGCCAAGCAGGUGGCUGCUUCCACAGCCCAGCUCCUGGUGGCCUGCAAGGUGAAGGCUGACCAUGACUCGGAGGCCAUGAAGCGGCUCCAGGCCGCUGGUAAUGCCGUGAAGAGGGCAUCAGACAAUCUGGUGAAGGCAGCACAGAAGGCAGCUGCCUUCCAGGACCAUGAUGAAACGGUGGUGGUGAAGGAGAAGAUGGUCGGAGGAAUUGCACAGAUUAUCGCCGCCCAGGAGGAGAUGCUGCGCAAAGAGCGGGAGCUGGAGGAGGCGCGGAAGAAGCUGGCAAUGAUCCGGCAGCAGCAGUACAAGUUCCUGCCCUCGGAGCUGCGGGACGAGGAGCAGAACUGAGCCGCACGCCCUCCGCUCGCCGCACAGACUGCCGCCUGCCCACCUGCCUGCUCCUAUUUAAGACGACCCGCCACAAGCAAAGGGCUGUCUGGGCUAGACCAGAGCUCUGCCCGCACCCAGAGCAACGGGACUAACUCAGCUGCCCCUCCAAGCCGGUGCUGCACCAGCAACUCCGCUUUGCUGCCCAGCCCACCUUCCCAUGCACACCCAAGGCACAAUCAGAGCGCUCGGAGGGACUCGGUUGGGGUGGGAGCCGGGGCUGCACUGGCUCAGGGCUCACCCGCCAGCCCCGGGGUGCGGGCCCACAGAGCUCUCCACUGCAAGGGGAUAUUUACUUGUGCCUUCUUCCUUCCCUCUUGUGCCCCUUUCCUUCUCCUCCACGCGGGAUGGGGACAGGCAGGUGGCUUGCCCUCUCCUGCGCGAUGGCGUGCAGGGAGCAGCCACCCCUCGCUAAGCUCUCGCGUGGAGCUGCCUUUCACCUCCAAUGCCUUAUUGCUGGCUGAAUCUUCCUCUGCAGCUGUCCUGGAAGGCCCUGAGUCCACCCCAUGAGUAUCUUUUUCAGCCCAGGCCCCUCUGUGGAGCAGCAGGGCUGGAAGCCACAGUGCCUCCACUCAGGAUGGGGGGUUAUGUGAUGAAUUCAGCCCCCCAGAGCUGUUUUUUGCCUUCCUGCAGGGCUUUCCCCUGACUGCGGCCCCAGCCAGCUCUGCCUUCCUCCUUCUUCCCAAGUGCCUGCAUUGUUUUCCAAGAUCUGCAGUAUUUUUGUAACUUUUCCAUUUCUCUAGUAUUGAGCCUGCAGCUUCCAAAGUUCAUUUAUUUCCCUGCCUGCUCAUGCCCUGCACACUAACACCCGGCUCUCGCCGGGGUCCCGUAGCCCAGCAUCCCACCCCUCCUUGGCUCCGGGACCCCUGUCCCUUCCCCUUUGCACUUGCUGAGGCUUCUCUCACCAUUUUGAUACUUUAAGCAUCCCAUAUUAAAGAUUGAAGGAAACCAGCUCCCCCCUAAGCCUCCGGGGUGGGGUGGGGGAUGCCAGUGUCUCCUCAGAAAGACACGUUCAACAAUAAAAUCUGGUUUUCCUGC